CGAGGGGUGCGGGACAACCUGAACCCUUCGGAGCAAGUCACCGUCUCCAGCACCAUCCCAGCUACCAACGUGACCGUGAUCGUGGUGGGAACGAAGAUCUCUUCAGUCCUGAACCCGCAAGGACAGAAGUUCGCUCUCAUCGUCAGUGGACUUCUGAUGCCCAAAUACAACGAAUGGAUACAGAACAAGAAGACCGUUGUCAAUGUCACGGGCCCUCUCGUCUCCUCCAACGUCUUCACCUCGUUCAACAACCUCGAUGUCUUUCGCACAGGCGGCAUCAACACCAGGGACCUGGCGAUUCGCUUCCCCAAGCUAUCGACGUUGACGCAUCAGAGGAUGAUCCAAGAAGGAGACGACAACAAGGACGGGAUGAUCAGCGUUGUCGAAUGGCAGUCUGUCUUCCAGCAGCUCCAGACCGGAGGGCUCAUGGCGCAGCUCCCUCAAGUCGCAACGACCUUCAUAGACGCGAGCUUGGCCGGCACCCAGCAAACUCCUUCUCCCUCAACCUCCGGAUGCUCUCGAACCCCCGCGGACUCGAAGCUCUUCUACUGGAUCUUCUUUUACUUGUGUAUAAUAACAGCAGGAAUCUUUUAGCUCAUCUUAAAGAAAACUUUUCGAUGAG